GCGACUUGACUUGCAGAAUUUAGUAGUAGUAUUAUAUUUACGCUUCAACGAGUUUGAGGAAUAGAGCGAAUAAUGGAUGAGCUAUUGAACAAGGUUGGCUCAUACUGGUUCAGCAAGAAGGCCAACAAGGAGCUUAACUCUGUCGGUGAUGAUAUCAACUCACUUUCAACAAGUAUUGAAGGAGGAACUAAAUGGUUGGUCAACAAAUUAAAAGGAAAGAUGCAAAAGCCAUUAAUAGAGUUGCUAAAGGAGCAUGAUCUACCGAUAGGCAUUUUUCCUCGUGACGCAACCAACUAUGAAUUUAACGAACAAACAGGGAAGCUUGUUGUAUACAUUCCUCAAGUGUGUGAAGUAGGAUACAGGGACUCAUCAGUCUUGCGUUUCUCCACCAGUGUGUCUGGUUAUUUAGAGAAAGGCAAGUUAACAGACAUUGAGGGAAUGAAAACCAAAGUGCUGAUCUGGGCAAAAGUGACCACCAUUACAUCUGAGGGAUCCAAGCUCCAUUUCUCGGCUGGAAUGAAGAAAACGAGGAGAAAGGAGGCAUAUGAGGUUUCUAGAGAUGGUGUAAGCGUAGAUAAAUUCUAAUAUAUUAUCAGUGGUUUGUAGCAUGCAGUUAUUUGUCUGUUCUUGUGGGCUGUUAUGUUCUUUAGAUGUCAAUGUUGUGAUUUGGUUGAACUCCUCUUAGGUCCUUGUUGAUUAAUAGGAUGUUUAGAUCAGCUUAUUUAUUUUAGAAUCAAUUCUGACACUAAAAAGCUACUAACAUAAGUUUAUGCUUAAUUAA